AUGGACUACGAGGAUAAUCUAGAAGCACCUGUUUGGGACGAACUAAAUCAUGAGGGAGAUAAAACUCAGAGCCUCGUUUCAAAUUCAAUUGAAUCAAUUGGUCAAAUAUCUACAAAUGAAGAAAGAAAAGACAAUGAGCUUUUAGAGACCACAGCUUCAUUUGCGGACAAGAUAGACUUGGAUAGUGCGCCAGAAUGGAAAGACCCUGGUUUGUCGGUGGCUGGUAAUCCGCAACUAGAGGAGCAUGACAAUUCCAAAGCUGACGAUCUUAUUAAUUCUUUAGCCCCUGAACAGGAUCCGAUUGCUGAUCUCAAGAAUAGCACUACACAAUUUAUUGCAACAAGAGAAUCCGGUGGCGCAUUGUUCACUGGAAACGCCAACUCUCCCUUAGUUUUUGACGAUACGAUAUACGAUGCUAACACUUCACCAAAUACUUCAAAAAGCAUCUCUGGAAGAAGAUCCGGCAAACCACGAAUUCUGUUUGAUUCCGCCAGAGCUCAAAGAAACUCCAAACGCAACCAUUCUCUGAAAGCGAAGAGAACAACUGCUUCCGAUGAUACCAUCAAAACACCCUUUACUGAUCCCUUAAAGAAAGCUGAAAAAGAGAAUGAAUUUGUUGAAGAGCCAUUGGACGAUAGGAAUGAAAGGAGAGAAAACAAUGAGGGCAAGUUCACAGCUUCUGUUGAAAAAAAUAUCCUUGAGCAAGUGGACAGGCCUUUAUACAAUCUUCCUCAGACAGGUGCUAAUAUUUCAAGUCCUGCUGAGGUCGAGGAAAACUCAGAAAAGUUUGGAAAAACCAAGAUUGGCUCAAAGGUGCCACCAACCGAAAAGGCUGUGGCUUUCAAAGUUGAAGUUAAAGACCCGGUCAAAGUAGGAGAGCUAACAUCCAUUCAUGUGGAGUAUACUGUAAUCAGUGAAUCAUCAUUACUUGAGCUAAAAUAUGCACAGGUAAGCAGGCGUUACAGAGAUUUCAGGUGGCUAUAUCGUCAAUUGCAGAACAACCAUUGGGGUAAAGUAAUACCACCACCACCAGAGAAGCAAUCAGUAGGCAGUUUUAAGGAAAAUUUCAUUGAAAAUAGAAGAUUUCAAAUGGAAAGCAUGUUAAAAAAAAUAUGUCAAGAUCCGGUUCUACAAAAGGACAAAGAUUUUCUACUCUUUUUGACAAGUGAUGACUUUAGUUCAGAGUCUAAAAAAAGGGCAUUUUUGACUGGAUCUGGCGCUAUUAAUGAUAGCAACGAUCUGUCAGAAGUCCGGAUAAGUGAGAUACAACUACUAGGUGCAGAGGAUGCUGCCGAGGUCUUAAAAAAUGGGGGUAUCGACGCGGAAUCGCACAAGGGAUUUAUGAGUAUAUCGUUUUCAUCACUGCCCAAGUACAACGAGGCAGAUGAAUUCUUUAUCGAAAAGAAACAAAAGAUUGAUGAACUGGAAGAUAAUUUAAAAAAAUUGAGCAAAUCUUUGGAAAUGGUCGACACCUCAAGAAACACCCUGGCUGCAUCAACAGAAGAAUUCUCUAGUAUGGUAGAAACCCUAGCGUCUUUGAACGUGAGUGAACCUAAUUCGGAACUGCUGAAUAAUUUUGCUGAUGUUCAUAAAAGCAUAAAAAGCUCUCUUGAGAGAAGCUCUUUGCAAGAGACUUUGACGAUGGGUGUGAUGCUGGACGACUAUAUUAGGUCAUUGGCAAGCGUAAAAGCAAUUUUCAAUCAGAGAUCCAAAUUGGGGUAUUUCUUGGUAGUAAUAGAAAAUGACAUGAAUAAGAAACACUCACAAUUGGGCAAAUUGGGUCAAAAUAUUCAUUCAGAAAAAUUCAGAGAAAUGAGAAAGGAAUUUCAAACAUUGGAGAGAAGGUAUAACCUUACAAAAAAACAAUGGCAAGCGGUAGGAGAUAAAAUAAAAGAUGAAUUCCAAGGUUUCUCUACUGAUAAAAUUCGGGAAUUCCGAAACGGCAUGGAAAUAUCACUAGAAGCGGCCAUUGAAUCUCAAAAAGAAUGCAUCGAGCUUUGGGAGACAUUCUACCAAACCAAUCUUUAG